UAAAAUCCCCAAAUCAUUCAGUCAUUCAGCCAUUGCCCCCCGCCCUAAUUUGUGAAGAUUGAAGACCCAGCACACCGCCUCCGCCGCUAACUGCACAGCGCACCGCCGUCGCCGUCUCCCACUCCAGACUCCCAGUCGCCUGUCGCCUUCAGUCAUCGUCCGUCUCCACUCGCCACCAGGUAUACUAGAUCAAUAAUCAAUAUAAUGCCUCGUAAACUCACAAGGCAUCGUCGAUUGUUAAGAUAUAAACCUUUUGGCUUCUCUCCAUUUGCUCGAUCUAUAGCCCAACUUGCCUCAGAUAACAAGGUCAAGUGCAAGAUUUACAAUGGACUACAGGAAAAAAAAUUUCCCAGCUCAUCAGGUAAUGGGGUUCUAAAUCACACCCAAGGAGGCAAAAAUCAGCAUUCUGAUUCUUCUGAUGAUGAGUUUGAAGGCACUGUCCAAGCUGACUUUGAGUUCUUUGAUCCCAAGCCUGAUGACUUCCAUGGAGUGAAGGUUCUCCUGCAGACCUACCUUAAUAAUAAACAAUGGGAUUUGAGUGGUUUUGUGGACUUAAUCUUGGGACAACCCUCAGUAGGGACUGUUGUUAAGAUAGCGAAUGACGAAGAUGAAGGAAUUUACUCUGUUAUCAGUGCUCUUAACUUGGGAAGAUAUAAGAACAGUAAGUGCAUAAUGGAGCUCAAGAAAUUCCUGCUCAGUGCAUGCCAAGAUAACAAUGCACAAGCUAACUUGAGCUCGCUGCUUGAAGAGCAAUCCAAUAACGUUGGACUGUUAGUCUCCCAACGCGUAGUAAAUCUUCCUCCACAGCUUUUGCCUCCCCUUUAUGAUGGCCUCUUGGAUGAAAUCUCAUGGGCUACAGAAGAUGAGCCCACAGAAGAGCUUCGAAAAUCUUUUUGCUUCAAGUUCUAUCUAGUGGUCAGUAAAAUUUACAAGCAUAAAAAUGCAGACAAAAAAACUUUACCAAGUAAAAGCGGUGAUGAAGCUAUAAUAUAUGUUAAGCCUGAGGAAGAAAUACUUCAUGAGCUAAGCUCUUGGUCCUUCACUUUCCCUAUCUCUCAGCCAGUCAGAACUGAUGAGCUCAAAGAUUACCGGAUAACUGGUUUGGUCAUGGCAGUGGAAGCAAGCAAAAUAUCCAAAUUCCGAAAACAGUUAAACUCUUUAAUAGAUAAUUCAUGAUUCCAUCUGCAGUUCCACCAGCUAUCAUCAUAUAGUGUUCGUUAUUUAAAUUAAAGCGGGAACAAUUGCCAUCUGACUUCUUUCAGUCAGACACAUGAACCCAGUAAGCUCACUGUUCGAUUGCCAUCAUCAUAUGUUUUGCUUGCUUAUAGAUGCUGAAGGGUUUAACCAAUUUUGAUCACUGUUAGUAACUCCAUGGAAUGACGGCUAUCUUGUACCUGGUACAUCACUGCAUUUGAUUCGGUAAAAUUGCAAUUUGCAACAUAGUUCAAUUUUGAACCAAUGUUAUCUUUUUACAAAUGCAUGCAGUUUUUCAUGAACUAAAUAUGAAAAUUUGCUGCUUUUAUUUAGUUCUAAUUAGUGACUUGCAAUCUGAUUGGAGUAUCUUAACAAUGGUUACCUUUGCAAAUACCUUAGACUGUGUUUGCUUUACUUGCUAAUUAGUGACUUGCAAUAUGAUUGGACUAGGAGUAUCGUGGCAACGGUUACUUUUCCAAAUACCUUAGAUUGCAUUUGCUUUAAUUCUCUCAUUUUUAUUCAUUUACCCAAUACAAAUAUUCGUUUUAAAUCAUAUGAUAAUGACAGCAGUGAUGCUGUUUAUUUCACUAAGAAAUGAUGGAAAUUGGGGGAAAGAAAAGACUUGUGGUGAAGUUGUCAGGAUUUUGCGCAAUGUGUUCCGUGAGGAUAUGUAUAUUGUUUUGUGCCAUUAAUGGAGAACUUUUGCCAGCUGAUAUACACUAGCCCAUUUAGCAUGUAUAAAUUCAAGAUUAUAUAUUGCCUCAUGGAACUAAAAGUGUAAUUUUCACAAUUUAUGAAAGGUUAUGGUUCAACUCUA